AUGCCAACUGUGGGACCCUUUGACAAGGUUGCUGGGACAUCAGGUGUUGUAUCUGAUUGCUGUGGAAGAAGAAUGGCUGCUGCUCCGCCGCGCCCAAUACUGCCCCCAGAGUCUGUGGAAUCCAACUGGGCUGAAAAGCUAGACUCACAGCUUCAGGCCACAGACCGCAAGGUGGCCCGGAUCAAGCAGCAGUGUCUCUGCCCCCUUGGGGUCUCUUCACCUGCUGAUUCAAGCCUGGCUCCUUCUGGGUCCUGGAUGUCCCAUUCUAAUUCCGAAGGGGAACCCCCUCGGCAGGUCUGGACCCUGGAGUACCCCACUGAGGAGCAGGGCUGGGAUGAUGCCUGUUUCUCCUUGUCGAUGUGGGAUGAAAUUGCCACUCUUCAGAGCCAGCUCCGGACCCAGGCUCAGGUGAGUGCUGAUGAGUCAGGCAUACAAGGCCUGAUGGAAGACAGGGAGCGUCAGAGACGUCAGAUUGAUGAUCUGGAAGAGGAGCUGGCCCGGCUACGAGGGGCUCCUGAGGAGCAGGCAAGGUUGGAGCAAGGAGUGAAAGACCUGAACUCUGAACUGCAGAGCCUACGUCUGCAACUGCCGGCCAGUCCCGGGGAAGCCAGUGUGACCGCCCACUUCCGCCAGGAGCUGCAGAAUAAUCACCAGCUUCUGUGGGAGGAGUAUGAGGCUGUUCCUGGGGAGCGGAAGCUAAUGCGGGAGCAGCUGGGCCAACAGCAGGAGUUGCUACUGAGGCAGAUGGGAGGCCAGGCGACCCAGGGGCGGAGCUGGAAGGUAUUGGAGCAGGUGCAGAGUGAUCAGGAAGGCCAAGGCUGGCUGGCGGACGCUCUUAGGGUGGAGGUCCAAGAUGUUCGGCGGGAGAUCGAUCUUGUCAGGGCCAUGGUGUCUUCUCUUCAGGCCCAAAUCCGAGGGGAUCCCCCAAUCCGUCCAGACUCUGCCAUCUCCAGCUCUGGCCUGAGCCUCCUAGACAGUGACAGACAGUAG